AUGACGGCUUCGAUGAUGGGGAUGUUGCAGACGAGCAUGGACCUGCUCAGUAUUUACAAUAUUCCGAUUGCCCUUUUUCAGAUUCCUUUCUUGACGCCAGGCCCAUCAGGUGCCUCAGCAGGAGCAGGAGCGGGUCUUUCAGCACCUCCCCGAGCAGCAGAGGGAGCGGAACGAGGGACUAGUUCACGAGGGCCUGCCCCAGAUGAUGACGAGUCUGACGAGGAGGCAGUUAGUCCGCGGUCAGAGUCUUCUCAAGAUGGAGAUGGAGAUGAGGAUGACUCAAGUUCAGAGUUAGGUGCUGAUGGUGGCGAUAUUCCAGAGUCCUCUCGGUCGAGGAAGAGGAUGAGGAGGACCUCUUAG